UUUGGCCCGAGUUCUGGACGGAAGCUGAGGGAAAUGGGUGAGUCGCAGCUGAGAGGCCCACGGUAUGAAAGUCUCGGGACAACAAUAACAUAACGGACUUGUUCGUGACCACCCCGCACGUGUCGUGUCACCCGCAGGAGUCGCGGGAUUUUGCACGCACACGUCUCUUGACUCCUCGACUGUCUUGUGUUUAAAGAGUCUGAAAGCUCGCCUGCUAGCGUGUAGCUCCGCGGGAGGCCGGGCCCUGCAGGGAGGCGCGCUUGUUUUCAUUUUCUUGUCAGCUCCGCCAGCAUUAAAACCCACCCAGUGUGUUCACAUUUCUUUUGGACUUUGUUGAGUUUGCAGGUAAACGCAGGUAAACUCCAUCACGACCAUGACUUCCAGGAGGACGGGCUAUGCAGGCAGCAUGGACGCGUCUCCUGCAAACAGCUCUAUCCACAGUGGGAACCGCAAACAGAGCAUCAUCAACAUCCCCGACCGGACCUCCGGAGCUCCGCAGGGCGGCGUGACCGUGACGUCCCUGAAGUCCCGGCUCGCUCCGACCAUCCAGACUGCCAUGUCCGCCGCUGUGGACACUCUGCUCGGCGAGGUGGUGCUGGUGCUCAACGAGACCCAGCAGGAGCUGCUGCACAAGGAGCAGGAGAACGAGAGGCUGAAGGUGAGGCUGGAGGUGUCGGAGAGGGAGCUGAAGACGCUGCAGGAGUGUCUGUGUAGUGCUCAGAAGCUCAUAGACCAGCUCCAGAUCUCCUACACCGGACCCCAGUCCAUCGGGCAGUCCGUCUUCGCCCCCUCGCUGUCCUCCAUGGCUUCGAUGACCUCUGACCUCGACCGGGACCACCAGAACGGCCGGAAUGUGAACGGAGCCGGCGUGGACUUGGGUCUGGGUGGUUCCGUGGAUGACUCUCUUCAUGGGUUCGAGCCAAGAGAUGACUACAAAAUGUGCCAGCUUUCGAUCCAGCCGGAUGGCUCUGUGACUAACCACGCUCUGGACUCCUUCACUUCCAACACAUCUCACAUGUGCUCCGAUUCCAGCAGAGAUGAGAGGCAGUCUCAGGGACCAGGUGGAGCAUCUGGGUUUGAGAUUAAAGAGGAGCAGGGACCCCCCUCAGGCUCUUGUCAGCCCAGCAGCAAGGAGCCUGGGUUGCGUAAUGACAACAGAGCCGGGGACGGCGACCUCGGCUACGUUCAAGUCGGAGGGGAGGGAGCUUCCCAGCGCUCCUUUACUCAACCUCUACGUCACCAAAGACCUGUGCGAGAAUGCAGCAGUGCCUUGCAGCAGGGCGGACUUGAUGGACAGAAGCAAUUGGCCAGGACUGCUGGAGCCGGGAGAGUAGACAGUGUGUCACCAGGCAGAGCGGAGGACUCUGCGGGACCUUCGGCCUCUGACACAGCAGCAGAGCCCGCCUUAGAUCGGCCUCACCACUGCUUGGAGUGUGGAAAGACCUUCCGUCUGAUCUCCAGCUUGAAGAAGCACAUCCGCAUCCACACCGGAGAGAAGCCCUACCCGUGCGCGGUCUGUGGCCGUCGCUUCCGCGAGUCAGGGGCGCUCAAAACCCAUCUGCGCAUACACACGGGGGAGAAGCCGUACUCCUGCUCCGAGUGUGGAAACUGCUUCCGCCACUUGGACGGUUUGCGCAAACACCGGCGCACGCACACCGGAGAGAAACCGUAUGUGUGCGCCAUCUGUGGGAAGCGCCUUAGCCGCCUGCAGCAUCUCAAACACCACCAGCUCAUCCACACCGGAGAGAGGCCGUGCUGCUGCCCCUUCUGCAACCGCACCUUCAAGGAGCCCGCAGCGCUGCGGAAGCACAUCCGCACGCACCGGGAGGAAGGCGGUCACAUGGGGAUCGGUGCCAGCGAUGACACGGACCCGGACGCCAUGGACGACAUUAACAACCUCCACCCGGCAGCUCCGUCCCCUCAGAUGAGGUUUGGGGAGUGGGGAGCUGAGGAGGAUGACAGCUCAGUUGUGGACUGUGUGUAGGGCAUGAUUGAGGAGGAACUGAUUGUCGGUAUUCAAAACCACGAGACCGUCUCCGGAUGAAAAACAUGGAAUACGGCGUUUGUCGUUUCUGAACGUGGCGGAUGAGGUCAUCUCUGUUCCAUGCUGUUGAAGUGAACACUCAGGCUACAUAUAGUGCUAGCCUUGGAGAUUUGUUUAUAUCUGGCAUUUGUUAAUGCUUUACACUGUUGUGAUGGAAAAAAAAGAAUAAUAAUGAUGAUUGAAGUAUCCACUGUACAUUCAUCAACAGUGAUCGUUUUCUUCAGUCAUCCAAAAAGCAGCAGCAGUAGCUUACAGGUUGUUCUUGGCACAGGGAGAUGCUGGGUUGUUAACUUCCCGUAUUCAUUUGGGAAAUUGAUGGCAGAAGUGGACAAGAGCUGUUUCCUCACUUUUCAAAAUAUAAGUGCCUUGAACACACACUCAACCAUCAACUGAGUCGCUGCUGCUGCUGCUGUUCAAGAUAGUUCAUACCUGGAUUUUAGUCCAGACUUACUGUUACAUUACGACUCUGAUCGUGAGUUUUUUUUUGUUUUUUUUUUAUAGUUUCACACAUAAGAGAUUGGAUUUGCUGUUGAAUUAUCUUCAGUUUCUAAUUAAGCAUGCUUUUGCCAACUCACUGAGCUGCUCAAAUAGAUGGAAAUGGAUCUAAGGCUGCAGGGUGUAUUUGUUAAAAGCAAAAUACCAUUUUAAAUGAAGUAUUGUCAUUCUGCAGAGAUGUCCUGGUCUUCACAUCUAUUUUGUUUUAACUUGAUAAAUUGAUACUAUUUGAGAUGGGGUAUUUUACCCAAUAAUAAUUAAGUCAACUAAAUGGUCAGUCAGGUUCAUGGAUCAUAGUAUCGAUAUUGCAACAAUAUUGUGGAAUGGACCAUUUGGGGCUUUUACAAAAAAAAUGUACACAAUGAGAUAUUUGAUAAAUAAUCAUCAGUAAUGUAGAUGUCAUUUUUAAGUGGGUUUAAGCAAAUAAUAGAACAGCUGGAACAGUCCCACUGUUUUUCUCAGUUAUAAUUAAAGAUUAAAAAUCCCCGUUCCUAGUGGAGGCAUCAAAUAUAAGAGGGUAUCAUGGCCUGGCAGUCUACCCCAGUGAAGCCAUCUGUAAACCUAAAAGCUAAAAUAUCGUUUCGACCACAUAUUCAUUAUUGUGUCACUCUUCAGUCGACGGUGUCGCAUUCUGAAGCCCUGCUCUACUCUGUCUUAUCUCUUCCUGUCUCUUUGCAAAAACACCCUUAUCAGUCACACAAUCGUAAUGUUCUCAGAAGACUGUGGCGACAACAUUUCAGUUUGAAGUUAUCCGAGCAUGUGUUUAUCUGUUAAGUCAGUGGUCCUCAACUUUCAGCGCAAAGCAUUUUUGGUUGAGGAAAAAAAAUAUGUAAUACACAGCGCUGUGCCAUCAGUGUCUGAUUUAUUAAACUGUCAACACUGAAGGUUGCAUUGUUGCAUUGAAUUCAGUUUAUGAACUUAUAUUUUUAGUGAAUAUUUAUUAAAUAACUAUUUUUAAAGGAUUUUUGAAUGGAUGCUAAUUUUAAAUAUAUUUUAAAAAAAUUCUCACGUACCCCCUGGAGUGCCUUCACGUACCCCCAGGGGUACACGUACCCCCAUUUGAGAACCACUCGAUGAGGGCACAGUCGGUUGGCAUCAGCAUGCACCCCUAUCAACAGCUUAAACACGUUACUGUUUCACCAGUCUUAGAUUUUCAUCUCUCUUUUAUGGGCCAUAUCUUAGCAUUCCAUUUCUGUUUAAGCUGCUACUGUUUGUCUGGAAAGCCUUCCAAUUUUCUGGACUUGUAUUAUUGUAACCAGCCAGUCACUAGCAAUUAAUAGUGGUUGGGAUUUUGGUGCUUGCAUGUGCAUUUCUGUUCCUCCGCUGGCAUCCAUUGCCUUUUUCCCGGCUGUUUAUGUACAUAAGAAUGUAGUUUUUAGCCAUUUUAUAUGGAUUUAUGAGGGUUUAACAUUUGUGGAAAAGUUAAAAGUGCAACAGCGACUUAAAAAAAACAAAAAAACGUAACGUGCUAUGAAAACAUCAGUAUGCUAACAUGCAAUGUAAUAAUAUAUACUCUUAUUAAAAUGAUCCCUGAUGUGAGUCCACUGAUGCGUCAGGGUUAACAGCAGAGCAUUAAUCUUCUCAGCCUUUUGAGCUAUACUGUAGGUCUCUGGAGUCAUUUACCAUGUAUACUACUAUAACGAUCCCCAUGUAACUACUCUAUGUACAUUUACAAGUGUGAGUCAUUUGAAACGGCACUGAAAAUGUUAAAUAUCUGUUAAUGUAUACCCAGAAUACGAUUUGCCAUGGCAGUCUUAAUCCCGUAUAAUCAUAUUUAUUGUUUUUUGUAUUUCAUACAGAGGGGGCCUUUGCAUGUAGGUUUGAACCGAAAUGGCAUUCUUCCAAAAAAAGUCAGUGUUAAAAUGUGAAAAGGAAAACUUUUUUUUCCCCAAUGCAUCUGUGUAUAACAUAUAUUCCCCCACAUCAUGUUCAUUCUGUUAUCUGCUGUAAAUGUUACUAUAUUAA